CAAACCUUCAUCUCAUCCUCAAGCUCAAGAAUAAUGUCGUCCCUCGCGUUGGCAACUAACAUACACACCGCCGAGUCAAAUGACAGUCUCUCCCAGGUAUGGAAUAUCAUCGGCGAACUGCAAAUCAUCCUCGCACGUUCAAUGCAUGUGGUGACCACCUCGAAACCCCGUACUCCCGAGCUAGUGUCCCCAACACGAACUACUUUGGCACCGAGUCCAAAGAUCAGACCAUCAGCGCCAUCAUUACUGAACGCCAACAGCAACGGAAUGCAGUUUUGGACGAGAUCUCAGGCCUAGAAACAGUCAUGCACAGUAUCGACAAUCUUCGCCAGCAACUCGUCGAAAAGAAGGACAAGAUCACCCAGUCCAUGAAUUUGCACAAGAGACUUGUAUCGACUCUCUGGCGCUUGCCAACUGAAGUCCUAUCCCAGAUUUUUCAUCAUUGUCUCCCAACAAUUCCAGCAUUCAAUGAAAUCCAGCUGCCAUCACAAUUAGAAGCUCCCGUAAUGUUGACUGCGGUAUGCCGACGAUGGAGGGAGGUUGCUGUGGACACACCCAGUUUGUGGUGCAAAAUUCAUGUGCCAAUCGUCUCCAGAGACCAUUGGGAGGGGCAAGCCUUCUGCUGUCACUCAUGGCUCAAGCGGUCACGAGGUCUUCCAUUAUCGCUAUCUCUUAAAUGCGACGCAGAUGACUCGACCAAGCUACGAGGCCUUCUUCAGCCUUACGUCGACCAAAUAUCGUCUCUCCAUAUCCAUAUCCAUACCUUCCGAGACGCGGACGAACCUGAUGUUUUGUUGGAAGACCUCACAGCACUUCAGGACCUGACCAUAGUCGUUGAGGAUCGUGACCUGGUAUAUGAUAUGCAAUCUAUCGAUGAAGAUUUUUCACAAUCUAUCUCACAACUGCCAUUCACUCUGCGCAGUCUCAGGAUAAUCGGGUUGUACCUCGACCUCGAUGUCAUAUCCUCUGUCAAUCCCGUAUGGGCCCACCUGACAGAUGUCGAGAUUGAGAUACAUGAACCGAGUGACUUCCCCCACUUGCUCCAGCUAGGUCCCAACAUCUCCUCGUUGAAGGUUUACGUGGAAUCCGACGAAGCAGGGGUCUUUGAGCCAUUCACGCACACCAAACUUCAAUCCUUACGCAUCGGCUUUGGACACUCAGCCAGAAACAUAUUAUCUCGCCUGCUCAAUGUUCUAACACUCCCCAAUCUGCGCAUACUUCAAGUUAACGGUGUAGAAAUGUGGCCUCAUGAGUCGUUGAAGGCAUUUUUGUCGCGGUCAAAUUGUACACUGGAGACCCUGAUUUUCUGCCCUCGAGUGAAGACGACAGAAGAGCAGCGAGCGGAAUAUGUUGCCCUCAUCCCCUCACUCGAGAUAGUGAUGUUGAAAUAUGUUGACGGUGUGCUCACCGCUGUUAGCAGUGAGCAGUGACUUAUUACAUAGGACGGUGCACUGUACUGCACUGGCGCCCUGCGUACUAAGUACUCCCUAUCUCACUGCUCAUAGCGUAUUGCAGAGUAAACUGAAAUGUCAGAGGGCAUUAUUGCA